GAAAGGAAAGUUGGGUAGCUAUAGUGGGGCCCAAAAACGGCAAAUGUAACAGUUUUCGUUUUCUGGUAGCUAAUUUUAACAACAGUGAAUUUUAGUGGUAGUAAAAUAAAUAAAAAAAUUUUAGAGGUAGCAAAAGUGAAAGUCAACACUUUUUGUGGUAGCAAAAGUCAAAAUUUCCUAAAUUAAAAGUUUAGAGAAAUUUUCACUUCUUAUAUUAUAACCAAACAACCACUACUUUUUCGAGUCGAGUUGAGUCAAAUCCCGGACUAGCCGACCAUUACAACUCCAUAAAAAUACUAAAAUCCACAAACUUAAAGAAAUUAACAUUGUACAAGUGCAGCAAUGGCGACAACUUCUCUCUCCUCAAUAUCUUCCCUCAUUCUCACUCCUUUACAUCCUCAACAAAAACCCAUUUACCCCACUAACUUAUCAACCAAAUACCCGAUAAUAAUCCGCUGCGCAAUUGCUUCAUCUACCUCUCGCAGCUCAAGAGUAUCCGAACCCAAAAACAAGAAGAAGAAAAUUUGGAAAGAAGGGGAAUUUCCAGCAAUUUCUCAGGGUUCAAUUCCAAAGAGAAGAACCCAGAUUAAGAAUGUCAAGAAGAGGCUUGAUCGUAAGGCUAAAGCUAAGGCUUGGGUUAAUACUGUUACUGAAGCUCUUUCUGACCUUAUCCUUAAGAAACAAUGGCUUCAAGCUCUUCAGGUGUUUGAGAUGCUGAGAGAACAAUCAUUCUAUCAACCAAAAGAAGGAACCUACAUGAAACUCCUUGUACUGCUUGGAAAAUCAGGACAACCACGACGAGCCCAGGAACUUUUUGCUACUAUGAUAGAAGAAGGGCUUGAACCUACAGUUGAGCUAUAUACUGCCUUGCUUGCUGCUUAUUGCCGCAGUUUCUUGAUUGAUGAGGCGUUUGCGACUCUUAAUAAGAUGAAGGAGCUUCCUCUCUGUCAGCCUGAUGUUUUCACUUACAGUACUUUGAUUAAGGCUUGUAUUGAUGCUUCUGAAUUUGAUUUAGUUGAGUCCCUCUAUAAGGAGAUGAAUGACCGAGGAGUAAUUCCCAAUACGGUCACUCAGAACAUUGUACUCGGUGGAUAUGGUAAAGCUGGGAGAUUUGAUUUAAUGGAGAAGAUUUUGUCUGAAAUGCUUCAUAAUCCCACUUGCAAACCUGAUGUGUGGACUAUGAACACUAUAAUUGCCUUGUUUGGAAACAUGGGUCAGAUUGAGAUGAUGGAAAGGUGGUAUGAGAAGUUCAGGGAUUUUGGGAUUGAACCAGAAACUAGGACUUUUAACAUCCUAAUCGGUGCUUAUGGGAAGAAGCGCAUGUAUGAUAAAAUGUCUACGGUGAUGGAAUACAUGCGCAAGCUUGAAUUCCCUUGGACAACUUCCACUUACAAUAACGUGAUUGAGGCAUUUUCUGAUGUAGGAGAUCUGAAAAACAUGGAAUUUGCAUUCGAUCAAAUGCGUGCUGAGGGCAUGAAAGCCGACACUAAGACUAUCUGUUGUCUUGUUCGGGGAUAUGCCAAUGCAGGUGUCUUUCAUAAAGUUGUGAGUACUGCUCAGUUGGCUGGAAGACUGGAAAUACCAGAAAACACAUCGUUUUUCAAUGCUGUUAUUUUUGCAUGUGCAAAGGCUGAGGAUUUAAUGGAAAUGGAGAGGGUUUAUAAGAGGAUGAAGGAGAAACACUGCCAGCCAGAUGACGAUACUUUCACUGUGAUGAUAGAGGCUUACAGGAAGGAAGGUAUGAGCGACAAGAUAUAUGACUUGGAGCAGGAAAGAGAAAAGAUGGUUUCUGAUUCAAGUGAAGUGAUGGACCCUGUGGGUGAUGUCUGAUUGAAGACUAUAUGAUUGAUAUUCAAAAUGUGGUUUCGGCUUUUGCAAUACUUCCCAAGUAAAGGAAUUCCUUCUGCUGUCAUCCUGUUUUUAUGACCACAAAAACAUCUCUUCAGUUACUGCAACGAUGCAGGAGGUCCUUCAAUCAUGCAGAAAAUGCCAAUGAGGUUGAACAGAUGAAGUAAUGGGCCUACACACUUUUGGAAGCUAGUAUUCCUAGUGGUGUAUCUUCUUCCGGUUGUUGAACGACCUUGCAGUUUUGUUUCUUGAAGAAGAGCAAGAUGACAUAUAUGGUCUUUAUAUUAAUAGGAAGAUUUUAACAAUUUUAAGCAAAAUGGGGUAGUGUAGGAAUUAGUUGGUCAAGUUCUUACAUUGUGCAUAGUUGAGUGUUAUGCUCUAUGUAUUAUGCAUAAUUAUUAUCAUUGUGCAUGAUCGUUUGAGAAUGUACUUACAGGGAUAUUUCAGUGCAGAAAA